AUGACCUCCCAGAUCAGGAAGGCCAAAGUCAUUGGCCUGGGCCCUGAAGAAAAAGUGCACCAGUUCAGUGAGGUACCGAAGAAGAGAGAUCAGGAGAGGAGGAAGCUGCUUCCACGGCAGGGCCUCUGCCCUCAAUUCCCCAGCGGGAGCCUUGGAGGUUGUAGGGGGUGGUCUGUCCGUAAGAAGAUCCCACUUGGAGAGAAGAUUUCUGGCUUGCUCCGGAGAGGUGAUAAUGUGCUGGAUGUCAUCUUUGAUGCCACAACAAAUGACCAGCAGGAUCUCUUCUGUCAGAAGUUGCAGCAAUGCUGUGUUCUGUUUGAUUUCAUUGACUCUAUAGCCGAUUUAAAGAGUAAAGAAAUUAAAAGAGCCACAUUAAAUGAAUUGGUUGAAUAUGUAUCCUCAAAUCGAGGCGUGAUCAUUGAAUCUGCCUACCCAGAUAUUCUAAGAAUGAUUUGUUCAAACAUAUUUAGAACACUCCCACCAAGCGAUAAUCCAGAUUUUGACCCUGAAGAGGAUGAGCCAACAUUAGAAGCUUCCUGGCCUCACAUACAGUUGGAUUAGGCCUGCUGGGUGGGAGAUUUCAAGAUUCAGUUCGGCCUCCUGGGGAAGCGGAGGCCUCCGAGACUUCAGGGGCCCCAACCUUGGGGCUGGAGUCAUUUGUCGAUCCGGCAAGGGAUAAUUUUGCCUUCUGUUAUAGUAUUAUCAAUGGAUUUGCGUUGCCAUUAAAAUCUGAACAUAAGCAAUUUCUCAUGAAAGUCCUAAUUCCCAUGCACACUGCAAAAGCAUUAGCUCUGUUUCAUGCACAGCUUGCGUAUUGUGUUGUGCAGUUCUUGGAAAAGGAUACAACCCUCACAGAGCCAGUUAUUCGAGGAUUGCUUAAAUUCUGGCCUAAAACUUGCAGUCAGAAAGAGGUUGCUGAAAGAGCGUUGUACUUCUGGAACAAUGAAUAUAUUCUUAGUUUAAUUGAAGAGAACAUUGACAAAGUUCUACCAAUCAUGUUUGGCAGUUUGUACAAAAUCUCCAAAGAACACUGGAACCCAACAAUUGUAGCUCUUGUAUACAAUGUGUUAAAAACUUUAAUGGAGAUGAAUGGCAAACUCUUUGAUGAGCUAACGGGAUCAUACAAAGCAGAAAGACAAAGAGAGAAAAAAAAAGAACUGGAACGGGAAGAACUGUGGAGAAAGCUGGAUGACCUACAGCUAAAGAAAGCUCUGGCUGAAAAUCAGAAUGGUUCUUUAAGUGUACAAGAGGCCCAGAACAAUGCAAGUGCCAAAUAAACCGUCAACAGCCUCUGCUGCACAGGCAUCCUUUUGUACAAUGUAAAAUUAUAAAACAGUAAAAAAAACCUUCUCAGUAUAAUAUAAAGCCAACAAUUUUUUUUUUUAUUAUUUUGAAGUUUGAGCAAAAUCAUAUUUUCCUCUCUUGUUGCUAGAGGGACCAGAAAUCCAUUGCAGGGCAAUAUGUUGCUUGUCCCUCUUGCCAGUCUAUGAGUUAGCGCCCAGUAUUACAUUGCUAUCACAGGUCUUUCUACGUUGAAUCAUUGAUACUGGUGGAGAUAAAUGCAUUUUUAUAAUCUGUAAUAUGAGUGUGAUAAUUCUGGGAUUGAUGAGAAUUAUGACUUGAAUUCUUUAUUUUAUAAAUAUAUAUAAAUAUAUAUAUAUUUUUGAUUGUGUUGCACAUAAAUGUAUUUAGUAUGCUA